AUCGAGCAAAUAACUUGGGGUGGCAACGCUCGCUCUUGGCCCAAGCACAAAUAAAUAAUAUUAACAUUGUGCUGAAGUGUGAAGUGAAAGUAGUUUUAAGCAGUUUCCCAUGCUGCGCCCAAAAGCAUAACAAAACGAUUUGUGUGGUUGCAUGAACAUGAAUAUGGACAAGAACAACAAGAUGCGCCUGCCAAUGCAAGAUGGCGGGGCUGCAAAUAACGCAACAACAGCAACAAGAACAAAAACAAUAGCAACAAACAAUGAUGAUGAUUGGAUUCGUUUAUCACAAUGGGUGCAUUGUUUAUGUGUGGUCACCUUCGAUCUGAAUCUUGGUCAAGCCCUGGAGUAUGUGUAUCCCCCGCAGCACAUGCCCAGCGAACAGGAGGUGAGCAACAUCUGUUACAUGGCCUUUCCCGAUUCCAAUUCCGGAUGCAUGGGCGACACCAAGUUCCAUAUGCGUUUGCGAUCCUGUCAAGCAUCGCCGUUGCCAUCGUCCGCCGCCGCCUCCCGCUACAAUGGACAAUGUGCGCCCGCGUUGCGCAGCGAUGGUAGCCACUAUUGGGGCUUUGUUUACUUUCGCCAGAAACGUGAUCCAAACUUGCCGCGCGGCUAUUUCCAAAAGAGUUUGAUCAUCAUCACCCGACUGCCGUUCUUCAAUCUGUACUACGACAUGCUCGAGCAGCUGGCCCCCAAAUACUUUGAGCAGGGCAACGAACUGUUGCAUUUGGCCUGCGCCCAGAUCAACAGCCAAUGGCCCGCCUUGACGGUGGGUCAAACGCUCCGACUGCCGCUCUUGGAGUGCAGCUAUGAGAUCAGCAUUCCCAAGGCAAGUAGCAGCAGUCGCAAAACGGUCUCCUCCUCCUCCUCAGCCAGUUCAUCCGCCAGCACGCCCCCCACACUGCCCCUGGAGUCGCCCACAUCGAUCAAAGUGCUGGCCUCGGUCAACGAAGUGGAGCUAUUCCACAGUCUGCACUUUGUGCUCGAGCAUUUGUAUACGCUGUGGGAGCUGGUCAUCACAGCCGAACCCAUUGUCGUAGUGGGCACAUCGCCAGCCGAUUGUUCGCACAUGGUUCAAUCGUUGGUGGCUGUGAUUGCGCCGUUGGAAUACUGUGCGGAGGCGCGUCCCUAUUUCACCAUACACGACAGCGAGUUCAAGGAGUUUACGCAGGAGGCGAACCAUCGAAGCAGCAGCAACAGCUGCUGUCCAGCUGUCAUUCUCGGUGUCACCAAUCCGUUCUUUGUGAAACUGCUCAAGGAUUGGCCGCACAUGCUGCGUCUGGUGGACAACCAGAAGAACAUGCAGCAACAGCAGCAGGAGCUGAUGCACAAGAGCUCACGACAUGGCCAGGACAAUGGGAAUGUGAAGCUGCAACCGACGAUGGCCAACAACCACAACAUACUGCUUAAUGGCAGCCUGACAGCAGCGGGCGACAGCUCCACCGCGGGUCUGCACACCAAAUACAAGCCGUACCUCAAGAAGGACAAGACGCUGCUCAAAAAGGUGCUGCUGGGGAUGAAGACAAAGCGGCCGGAACAUGUCCAAACGGCGCUCAUACGUCGCUAUCUGUUGGAGUUGACCCAGAGCUUCAUGAUACCCCUGGAGCGUUACAUGGCCUCACUGAUGCCCCUGCAAAAGGACAUUAGUCCCUUUAAAUCGGCACCGAAUGCGAGCUCAUUUAAGCUCGAUGAUUUCCUGGCCACGCUGGAGACAGCGGGACCGCAAUUGACGUCCUCGUUGAAGGGCGACUGGAAGGGUCUCUACAGGCGCUUUGUGAAGUCACCCAAUUUCCGGGGUUGGUACGAAGCGCGUCAUCGGGAGUUGCAGCUGACGCUGCAGGAGCUGCAGCUGCAGGCGCUGUCGGAGGCGAAUCUGGAACAUUGGGCGCACGACAAGCAGGAGGUGGAAAUAAUUGACAUGAUACUCAAAUUGAAACAGAAACUGAAUCUCUACAGUGAUAAGUCACAGCUGGAGGGGAUCAACUGUCCGAGCAGCAGCAGCAGCAUCACACAGCGUCAGAUCCGGGCGCAAAUCGAGUGCAUGAAGGGAUUGCUGCCCUCGGACUUGAAGAAUGUCGUGAAUCUUUGAUCGUUUGUGCAGUUCCCAUCAUCCCAUCUAAUAGUUGAUAUUUUACGUUAAAUUUGUUUAAUUUUUUUUUUUCGUGUUUGUGUUUGCCAGUCACAAAUGAAAGGAAGACGAGAGAAGAGUUCCCUUAAGAGUUCUAGUUAGAUGUGUUGUUGUCUCCUCUUCCUCAUAUAUAAAAACAUAAACUAUAAACUAUAUAUAAACAUAUACUAUAUCUAGUAUGUAAGCUGAAUCGAUUUGCUGUACAAAUUAACCAUAUCCAUACACGAAUGUUUUCCAAAAACCAAAAUUUCCAACGAUUGUAUAUAAAGUUAUUUUGAAGACGAACAUUUUUAG